AUGUGUCAUCCAAUUAGACAUAUUUGCAAUAGCCGCCGCGACCUCCUCGCUGCCCUCACCGUCACUGCAGCCCCUUUUGCACUCCACCCCAUGUCCCUACAAGACACGGCUUCUGCUCGUGGCCUCUUCCAGAUGCCCCCAGUUAGACUCAUCAACCGGUAUUUUCUGGUGAGGGCUGGGGAGUCUGAAUAUGAGAGCUGGGGAGUGAUUAAUACGAAUCCGGUUGCGAAAACUUCUGUUGACAGCGGGUUGUCUGAGAAAGGGAAGAAGCAGGCGGUGAGGGCAGCUUUCGACUUGAAGGAAAUGGGGGCUUGUGACACCAGCUGUUGGAUUUGGCCUUCUAUCACUCAGAGAGCUUACCAGGCUGCAGAGAUCAUUGCAUCAGUUAACGGGGUCACUCGAAGUAACAUUGUUCCGGAGUAUAGCUUUCUAGAUGCCCGUGGCUUAGGAGCUUAUGAAGGAAAGAAACUAGAAGCUGUUUCAGAAGUAUAUGCAUCAGAUACUAUUUCUCCAAGAAUCAAGCCUCCUCCUAUUGACGAUGGAACCCCAAAUGAGAGCGUCUCCGAUGUGUUUGUUCGGGUGACACAACUCAUGUCCAUACUCGAGACUCAAUACUCUGCAGACACGGUGAUAAUUGUCUCACCAGAUUCGGACAACUUAACAAUCCUACAAGCUGGCAUAGUUGGACUUGACUUGCGAAGGCACAGAGAACUUUCUUUUGCACCAGGAGAAGUCAGAUUUGUCGAUACCAAUAGUGUACCUACUUACAAGCAACCUGCAUCAGCUGUAUAUAAGUGUUUAAAUCCACCAAAUUGUACCUAA